GAGGAGAGAGGAGAGAGAGUGUCUGUAUCUCUCAAUUAUUUUUACUCCUUCCCUCCAAUCAUUUUCUCUCUCUGCCUUCGCUCUGUUUUCCCGGCGACACAAAAGGAAGUAGAAGAGUAGAAGAAACAAAAAUCUCUGCUUCUACGAAACUCUCUCUCCCCUUUCUCUUCCAUUUUCUCUUCUUCUUUCUUCGCUCUAUGCGAUCUUAGCACCUCCUCUUUCCAAGGAAGUGGUUGAAUGGAGCAGCAUGCAAAGGGUUCAAUUUCAGGUCCGUUCAAGAUUCCAUCUCUAAAUGUUCCUAAGAAAAUAGGAAGUGGUGCAUGGGGGAUCCCACAUGGAACUGAUGCUUAUCAUACAUCAAGUGAUGUUAGCUUGUUUUCAAGCUCGUUACCUGUUCUGCCACAUGAAAAGUUGCACUUUAAUGAUUCAGAGCAUUGUGGUCACUCUGUUGAUGAUAGCUCACCUAGCUUGAAUAAACUUCAGCAAGAUGAAGAAAGUAAGGAUCCACUUGAAGAUGUUGAUCUGAAUGCAAUUGGAAGCUUGCUUCCUGAUGAUGAGGAUGUGCUUUUAGCUGGCAUCAUGGACGAUUUUGAUCUUAGUGGGUUGCCUACCCAACUAGAAGAUUUGGAAGAUGAUCUCUUUGGCAGUGGAGGAGGAAUGGAGUUGGAUUUUGAUAUUGGUAUUUCAAAGUUAAGCCUAUCUGAUGGUGUUGCUGGAAAUGGGAUUGGACAUUAUGGCCUUCCAAAUGGUGUGGCGACAGUUGCUGGGGAGCAUCCAUAUGGGGAGCAUCCUUCAAGGACAUUAUUUGUUAGGAAUAUCAAUAGCAAUGUUGAGGACUCAGAGCUGAAAACUCUCUUUGAGCAAUAUGGGGACAUCAGAACUCUGUAUACAGCAUGCAAGCAUAGGGGCUUUGUGAUGAUAUCUUACUAUGACAUUCGGGCAGCUCGAACUGCUAUGCGUGCACUGCAGAAUAAGCCCUUAAGACGAAGGAAACUUGACAUUCAUUUUUCAAUUCCCAAGGAUAACCCAUCAGAGAAGGACAUUAACCAAGGGACUCUUGUUGUGUUUAAUUUGGAUGCAUCGGUAUCAAAUGAUGACCUUCGUCAAAUAUUCGGUGCUUAUGGAGAGGUCAAAGAGAUCAGGGAAACACCACACAAGCGACACCAUAAGUUCAUAGAAUUUUUUGAUGUUAGAGCUGCAGAGGCUGCUCUCAGAGCAUUAAAUAGGAGUGACAUAGCUGGAAAACGCAUAAAGCUAGAACCUAGUCGCCCUGGUGGGGCACGUCGGAACUUGAUGCAGCAACUGAGCCAAGAGCUGGAACAAGAUGAAGCUCGAAGUUUUCGACAUCAUGUAGGUUCACCAGUUACCAACUCUCCUCCAGGUAACUGGGCGGCAUUCAGCCCAGUUGAACAUAAUCCUUUGCAAGCUUAUAGUCAUUCCCCUGGUUUGGGAAAUAUCAGCCCUAUAAACAGCAACCAUUUGCCUGGGUUAGCUUCAAUUCUUCCCCCUCAUAUAUCAAACUCUGUGAAGAUUGCACCUAUUGGUAAAGACCAAGGAAGGGUUAACCAUGUGAAUCAGGUGUUUACUAAUGCGAAACCAACACAAGGAGCAGCCUAUCAGAUUUCUCAUUCUGUUCCUGAGCAAAAAUUAAGUGCUAGCCCUGGACCCAUUUCUUCUCUUGGUGAAUCAAAUUCUAAUUCAUCUGGUAUUGGGACAUUGUCUGGCCCUCAGUUUCUCUGGGGAAGCCCCACUCCUUACUCUGAGCGCCCCAAUUCUUCUGCCUGGCCAACAUCAUCUGUGGGGCACCCAUUUGUGUCCAGUGGACAAGGACAAGGUUUUCCCUAUUCUAAUCAGCAUGGUUCUUUCCUUGGUUCCCAUCAACACCAUCAUGUGGGAUCUGCUCCAUCUGGUGUUCCUCUUGAUAGGCAUUUUGGCUACUUCCCUGAGUCACCAGAAACAUCCUUCAUGAGCCCUGUUACAUUUGGGGGCAUGGGCUUAAGUCGCAGCAAUGGAAAUUUUACAAUGAAUGUGGGUGCUCGGGCAGCUAUUAACACUGGUGUUGCUCUUCCAGGAAACAUGACCGAAAAUGGUUUGCCUAGUUUCAGAAUGUUAUCAUUACCGAGGCAUGGUCCUCCAUUCCUUGGGAAUGGUACUUAUCCAGUAUCAGGAGUGACCAGCAAUGAGGUAUUGGCUGAACGUGGUCGAACUCGUCGAGUUGAGAACAGUGGGAAUCAGAUAGACAGCAAGAAGCAGUAUCAGCUUGAUUUGGAUAAAAUCAUUAGUGGGGAGGAUACUAGGACUACUUUAAUGAUUAAAAACAUUCCAAAUAAGUACACCUCAAAGAUGUUACUGGCUGCUAUUGAUGAAAAUCAUAGGGGUACCUAUGAUUUUCUCUACUUGCCAAUUGAUUUUAAGAAUAAAUGUAAUGUGGGUUAUGCCUUUAUCAACAUGGUGUCUCCUUCGCACAUUAUCCCCUUUUAUGAGGCAUUUAAUGGAAAGAAGUGGGAAAAGUUCAACAGUGAAAAAGUUGCUUCAUUGGCAUAUGCGCGAAUACAAGGCAAGGCAGCCCUUGUUACACACUUCCAGAAUUCAAGCCUUAUGAAUGAAGAUAAGCGAUGCCGACCUAUUCUCUUCCAUUCAGAGGGCCAAGAGACUGUUGAUCAGGAACCUUUUGCUUCCGGCAAUUUGAACAUCUGUAUCCGACAGCCAGAUGGGUCUUACUCUGGGGAUUCAUUGGAGAGCCCAAAGGGUAAUUUGGAAGAUUAGCCAGAGAAGUAUUAACCAUUCAUUGAAAUAGCUUACUCUCAACUUUCAGAUAUGGUGGCUCCAAGUGCUAACUGGUACAUAGGUAUAAUAGGUAUAUAAACUUAAAAUGAGAAAUCAAAGAAUUGCCGCAUUAUUGCUUGUAUGAUAGGCAGUAUCGGCUUUUGAGUGAUGGAUAUCGUCAUAUUUCGCAAGAGAGCAAGGAAAAGAUGCAGAGGGUUUUGUUUAUAUGUAGAGCAGGAAAUUGUUAUUUGACCAAGGGAGAAGAAUAAGGUGAAGAGGCAUACACAACUGAAAAGGGAAGUCUCUGCUGCCAAAUGCAUUGAUCACCAGCUUGUUCAUGAUCCUCCUUUGGGGGUUUUCCUUUUCUGUUGUCUUUUAAGUUUUAUGUGGUGGGUCUUUUGUCUAUUUGCAAAUAUGAUUCCAUGGUUGUGUCAUGUGUACAUGUGUAUGGGACUUGGAACAGGUUAAGGGCUGUUAGCAAAUUGUAUAGAGAGAAGACAGCAGACCCUGCAUCCUGUUUGUCAUGUGUUCUUUCUUGUUGACAAAAUAGCUAUGAACAAUAUGUAUUUUAUGAUAUUGUAUAGAUAUUUCAGUGUGUCUAAAUGAUUCUGAAGGUGAAUUCAUAAGCAGAUGGCAGUUGCAAUUAUCCAUUUAGAGAAUGACAGUAUAUGUAUUUAUGUA